UGUGGUGAGGAUUUACUGGAGCCUUUCUCUCCUAUAAAAACACGGAUUCACCAGACAGCUGACAUCAGUAGCAUCUGUUCUGCAUCAGUGGAAUAUCCUACAACAUCAUGUACUCUGUUAAAGUUCUGAUUUCGCUAGCUGUUGUGGCAGCAUGCCUAGCUGAGGAAUCAACCAGUGCAUCAGGCGAGAGGGUCAAGAAAGGAAUCUAUGGGGGAGGAGUUGGAGGAUAUGGAGGUUAUGGAGGCGCAGGUUAUGGAGGUUAUGGAGCCGGUUAUCCAGGAGUAGGUUAUGGAGGAUACGGAGCAGGCUAUGGAGGAUACGGAGCAGGUUAUGGAGGAUACGGAGCUGGUUAUGGAGGUUACGGAGGUUAUGGCAGAGGAUACGGAGGCUAUGGAGCUGCAGGUUAUGGAGGUUAUGGAGCUGCAGGUUAUGGAGGUUAUGGAGCUGCAGGUUAUGGAGGAUACCCAGGCUACAGCGGUUAUGGAGGUUAUAGCGGAGCCGGUCUAGGUUAUGGAGGUUACGGAGGAUACGCCGGAGGUCUUGGAGGUUAUGGAGGUUACGCUGGAGGUCUUGGAGGUUAUGGAGGUUAUAGCGGCGCCGGUCUGGGUUAUGGAGGUUAUGGAGGCUACGCGGGAGCAGGUUACAAGGCUGGAAAAUGGUGAGGAAGAUAUUUCAGGAGAGAAACCAAUUAAUUUCAGGAAGAUAUUUAAAGUUGAAAAGUAAUUGAAAAAAGAUGUGUUCAAGCUAUUGUGAUUCUGUAGAGAGGAAUAUAUCCAAAUAAUUAUUCAAAUCUUUAAAAAUAUCUCCAUUCAAAGAUAAAAAAUGGAAUAAGAUUUGUAUGAAUAUUAUUGACAACAGUAAAUCACAUAAGGAAUAAUUAAUGGAUUAUUUCCAAUUUUGAGAACGAAUAUUUGAAUAUGAAUCAAUGAGUAGGUGGAGAAUGAUAUAACAGUGCAAUUAAAUACUGUGUUGUACACAUUGUAUAGAUCUAUCAAACUGUAAAAUUUGUAUGAUUUCACCAUGUGAAUAAAACUUUUUAUGAUAAA